GGUGAUCGUUAAGGAUUUGAGAUCCCCGCACCCUUUGUCGUCAAUCGACAUUAUGUCUAUGGGCCGCACCAGCUCGUCAAGAACUCUUGGCGGCUCUCCGUCGCAACAAGGGAUCUCAAAUUCAGACAACCAAUCGACAACUCCUACAUUACAUUCCGGGGCGACUCCGCCGCCGGGAUCGUCUCCUUUGAAAAGUCUACAGGUAUAUUCCACACGGAUUCCUCAGACGUACAUUACGCCCUUCUGCGGGGCUAGCGCGGGUGUUGCGUCGGGUAUCGUGACGUGCCCGCUGGAUGUGAUAAAGACAAAACUACAAGCACAAGGAGGGUUUCAACUGCGUCGGAAUGGCAAACUGAUUGAGUCCGGAACACUGUAUCGGGGGAUGUUCGGGACGGGGAAGACGAUAUGGCGAGAUGAAGGUAUUCGAGGGCUAUAUAGGGGACUGGGUCCGAUGCUGCUGGGUUAUCUUCCCACAUGGGCUGUCUAUUUGACGGUCUACGAUAGGUCCCGCGAAUAUUUCUGCCAAAAGACAGAUAACUGGUGGUUAGCCCGAGCAUACGCAUCACUCACAGCUGGCACUUGCUCAACAGUAGCAACAAACCCAAUAUGGGUUAUCAAGACGAGGCUCAUGUCACAGGGUUUUCGACCUGCUAGUAACGGCUACCAAGCUCCAUGGUACUACAAGAACACAUUGGAUGCGGCACGCAAGAUGUACGCGAGUGAAGGCCUCCGUGCUUUUUACUCUGGCCUCACUCCAGCACUCCUCGGACUUUCACAUGUCGCCAUUCAGUUUCCACUAUAUGAAUAUUUCAAGAUGGCUUUCACUGGCUUUGGAAUCGGUGAACACCCAGAUGCCGGUUAUCCCCACUGGACAGGAAUCUCAGCAGCCACUUUUCUUAGUAAAGUAUGCGCCAGCACAGCAACAUACCCGCACGAAGUCCUUAGAACCCGACUACAAACACAGCAAAGAUCCUCACCGGCCUUUUCAUCAGAAGGAAUUGCAUUUCGAGGUGGACUUGAACAGCCGCAGGAUCACGGCAGGCCGCCAGGGACUGGUGCGGGUGCGUCCUCCUCAGAUGGGAUGCGCAACCGUCCGCGAUAUCGUGGCGUAAUUCGCACGUGCCAGACGAUUUUUAUGGAGGAGGGCUGGCGCGCGUUCUACGCCGGGAUUGGAACGAAUUUGUUCCGCGCUGUGCCAGCGGCUAUGACAACGAUGCUCACCUAUGAAUACCUUAGAAACAUUAUCCACUGGAUGCAACACGAAGGCGAACAAGUGCUGAUUAUGAGCGAGGAGGAUGGCUCAUCCGCAUAUUGA